GCUGAAUUCGAUACAGGUCAGGGCGCAAUGGAUUACAAGCUGAGAGAAGUCAUUGAGACUGGAGUUAUAUGCAUACUAUUCCCCAUUUUUGCAGUUUGUCUUCGAUUCUACGCUCGAUACCGCCUCAAGUCGUUUUGGUGGGAUGAUUGGCUCAUUAUUCCAGCGGUGGUAAGAAAUCCACUUCAUCCUCCCCACGUCACGAACCAAAGCUAAAUCACAGCCUCUACCAGUUAUGUAAUACUGGCUCAGUAAUCGCUCAAUUUUACAGUAGGAACUACAUCAUCGCUGCGUCACCACAAAACCCUGAUCUUGAUACUUAGGCGCCGCAAGGGGAAAACUUGGGCACAAGUAUACAUCAACUAUCUUACCACCUGAUACGCCAGGAGGAUGGCCAAGAAACGAUCCUAUCACACUCAACUAUGAACAAGUGAGUUGUUCCGCUCCUCCUCCGUAUAUUUUGCUUACAUUUUGCAGGCAAAAUACGCCAUCACCAUUCUUGCCACUCUCACCUUGAGCAUCUCGAAAAUAUCAGUACUGCUGAUGUAUCGAAGAAUAUUUGCACGGAGAAAGUGGUUUUCACACGUUACAACAGUGGUUUUCACACGUUACAACAGUGGUUUUAGCAAUUCUCUGUUUAUGGGCGGUUGCUUUCACUUUCGGAUUCAUCUUCCAGUGCAUUCCACUCAAUUCCGCAUGGAUAGUACCAGAAGCUUACCUAGGGCCUCAAUGUAUAAACUUGCUACAGUUCUAUAUCGCGCUUCCUUCGUCGGUCAUCGCAACAGACUUCCUAGUGCUAAGUCUGCCGAUUCCGGUUGUCUGGGGAUUACAGUUACCGGUAAAGCAGCGCCUCGCUGUUGUUGGGAUGUUUCUGCUUGGGACUGUGUAAGUCAAAAGCUGGGAAUCAUGACUAGUGAAAAGUUUUGUAAACUAACGUAGAGACAGUGUCUGUGCUGCCGGUGUAACACGAUUUAUUGUUUUUCAGGCAAGUAUGAAGACAUGGGCGAACAACCACCAAACAUGUGAGUCUAUUAAGAUCAAGCUUUCUCGAAUGCGAUAAAGGCUAACCGAAUGCCAGACGAUUGUGCCAAUGCAAUCAUGUGGACCAAUGUAGAAGCAUUCCUGGCUAUUGUCAGCGCAUGCCUUCCCACGUUUCGCCCAUUAUUCAAAUCUCUCAAGGAAACAACUAUUGAUUCCUAUAACAGAGCUGGUGAAACUAAUAGACCUUCAUCUAGUCAUUCUUUGCACAAGUUGACGAGAUCAAACGACGAUUCCUAGGUAGCGAUGUACGGGACUAGAGAUGCGGAAUGAAGAUGUAGAAACAAGAAUGGGAGUCAAUGGUUGAAUGCUGUAUUUAUAAGCAUGUUCCUUUCUUGUUCAUCCUCCUUCCUAGUCUUUCGGAGCAGGGUGCUUCUGGCUACGGUCGGAAGAAAAUACGAUCAAUAGAAUCUACCAAGGCCUCACGCCACCACUAUACACGACCCGGCCUGCAUCGCUGUCUCUUUCUCCUCUCAAGACUUCCAAAACUAGCUUCGCUCCAAUUUCCGGCUCCUCGGCACCCAUUUUGCGCAUCGCGUCAGGCGCACCAUUCAACUCCGUGGCGAGAAACCCGGGACAUAUUCCGAAAACCUUUAUAUUAUUUUCAGCCAGCUGCUGAGAAUAACAAGCCAGAAGCAUGUUAAGUGCUGCUUUGCUAGUACGAUAUGCGACCACUCAUAGUUGAGAAAAGGGAUCGGAAGGGUCGCUCCGCGCGUUUAUUGACCCGAGAACGGAAGUAAGGAAUACUAUACGGGCAGACGUCGACUUUUUGAGAAGAGGCAGGAAAGCUUCUGUAACUCUUGAGGAUCCAAGAAGAUUUGUUGAAAUGCAUUCGUUCAGAUUAUCCGUCAGGGAUGAGGCGUUGCUUGAAAUACCGGCGUUGUUGAUAAGUACAUCAAGCUUUCCAUAGUUUUCUGUGAUAUAUUUGGCUGCAAGUUCAAUGGAUUCGUUGUUUGUGACA